CUUAGCAGGGGGUUAGUGAAGCUUCCAGUCGAUAGUAUCGAAGUGCGCCGCAUGUUCAAAGUGCGUACCUGUGCUGCAAGACCCCUCCGUGGUGGCGCCAGGCCCGCACCGUCGCUCUCCCGCCCCCCGGUGACCGACCCGGCCCAUGACGACAUACCAGCUAGCAGACAGACCCGGCCUUUACUCUCAUGGUCCUGUACAACGUACCUUCUCCCUCAGAUUCCCUCCCCCGCCGGCAACCACCAACCCCAGCCCGCUCUCGCGCGCCAUAACCUCUCCUCCUCCCCUCCUUGCCAUUAUCUCAUUAGCUACUGGGUGAAAUCAAAAACACAGAAACUUAAAAGGUGUAAUUACCUGCGCCGGCGCACAGUGACCGCCAUCCCGCCAUCCCGCCCCCGCCCCCGUUCCCGAGCCGCCGGCACGAUGACGACCUUUAUCCCGAGCAUCACCAUCCCCGAGGCCGUGUUCCUCAACCCCGCCGCCUCGGUCCUCCUCCCCGUCGCGCUGGGCACCGCCGUCGGCUUCGGCACGCGCCGUGAGCAACAACCUCCUCCCGUCCCCCGCUCCCGUGGUCUCUUUCCGUUGUGCUCGGGCGCGCGGCGUUGCGCGCAUUCGCUAACGCAUGUUGUAGCUUCCGAGACGCAAAAGAAGUACAUGGAGCUCCGGCAGCCGGCCCUGCGCCCCCCGCCCUGGGUCUUUGGCCCCGUCUGGACCGUCCUCUACGGGUAAGAGAGCACACAGAGAGAGAGUAAUGGGGGGAGAGGGGAGGAGGGAGGGAGGCCACACGCGGGCCAUGCAUAGCCGCUGACCCAAAACCGUGGCUCAUAGGCUCAUGGGCUACGCCGCCUACCGGGCCACCCACGCCGGCCUCUCGCCCUUCAACGCGCCCGACGUGAUCCGCACCACGCGCUCGUCCAUGACGCUCUACACGGUGCAGCUCGGCCUCAACCUCGCCUGGAUGCCCCUCUUCUUCGUUGCCAAGCGGCCCGUGGAGGCCACGGCCGACAUCCUCGCCCUCGUCGGCCUCAACAGCUACAUUACGUACUUGUGGUGGCCCGUCGACCGCGUCGCCUCCCUGUGCCAGGUGCCCUACCUCGGCUGGCUCGGCUUCGCCACCUACCUGUGCGCCGGCGCCGGCUACCUCAACAACUGGGAUCUGUCGGACAAGGAGGAGGCGGACAAGCAGGGCAAGACGGAGUAGUACGAUGCUUGUCAAUAUCUUGAAGGAUGACAGGACGCGUUGUCGGCCCCAAGCAUGGCUGAACAGCGUGUGUAAGAAUAUCACCAAAGACUUGAGGGCUCAUCCGCAUUGACAAAGUCUUGAACCAUCCUGGUGCCCCUUGUAUUUCAUCUUAGGUCGCUGGAAAGAACUAAUGCAGUGGUGGAUAUAUAUACCCCUCUCUCUCGACCUCGUAUCCAACUAUAGUGAUACGCUGCGAGCAAAACGCCGUACCCAUGCCCAGCUCCCAAGAAUAAAC